CAUAUUUGACAUAACCUAUUCCAUUGUAAUUAACAUUUGACAGAAAAAAGAAAAAUGUCUCGUAAUACUUCUUUCUCCAUCUUUGCUCUUAGCUUCCUUUUGAUCUUCUUUUUCUUGUCAAACCCUAUUGAAAAAACUUUUGCCCUCGAUGAGUCAACAACAAUCGAUAUACUGAACAGAACCUGUAAAAGAUGCGCUGAAAAAUCUUCUUCUUUCAUCUACGAGUUCUGCCAAACCUCUCUCGACGUAAUUCCGGCAAGCCAUGUCACAAACCUCCAAGGAAUAGCCGUUAUUAGCAUGGAACUAGCUCUUGAAAAUGCAACCACUACAAUUGCCAAUAUAAAAAGCUUGUUCGAUAUGAAAAGUUUUAGCCCGUACACGUUGGCUUGCUUGCAGGAUUGCUUGGAACUGUAUUCCGAUGCUAUUGUGGCGCUGGUAGACGGCGUCGCGGCCUUCUUGACAGGGAAAUACCAUGUCUCUAAUGUCAAAAUUAGUGCAGUUAUGGAAGCAGCAACAACAUGUGAAGAAGGGUUUACACAGAAGAAAGGAGAGGUUUCUCCAUUAACAUUGGAAAAUUUUAAUCUCUUCAACUUAUGCGAUAUUGCACUAUGUAUUAUCCAUUGGCUUAUUCUCCCCGCGCCUCAAAGUUAAAUUAACUUUUUUUCUGUUAUAAUCGUAUAUUUAUUAUUGAAAAAAUUAUAUAUGUAAUAAUUAAUUGGAAUUGUAAGUUUCAAACAGUGCUUUGUGUAAUUCCCAUUUUUAUUAUAAGGGUGUUUAUUUUAGCAUUUUGAAUUAUUCAAUAUAUUUUAUCA